AUGUCGUCCCUCCUCCCUGAACGCCCUGCUGUCCCCAACUACCCGACCGCGAGCCCGUACCAGAAGCAGCUUGACGUCGCGCGCGCAUACUUUCACGAGCAGCUGCAGAGCAGCGACGUCGAGUGGGACAGCCAGACCAAAAGCGACGUCGAGCUGGGCGCGAAGAAGGAUCUCGAGGACUCGAGCGCACCCAACACGGUCCGAGGCGUGACUGUCGUCAAGGGCGUCUCUCCAGAGACUUUCCUCUUUGGCGUCGUCACGAGCGACCGUUUGCGCCGCCUGUGGGACGCUCGCCUCGACACGUCCGGCAUCGUCGCCAGCUACUCGCCCGACGAGUUUACGUUCUACAGCACGACCAAGGGCUUCUCGUUCGUCGUGAGCGGGCGCGACAUUGUCGGCGCGUCGCGCAUCUUCGAGACGGGCGACGGGUACGAGCUCGUCCAAACGAGCGUCGACGACCUCGUGCCGGCGCAGAAGGGCAAGACGAGGGCAACGCUCUUCCUCGGCGGGUGGAAGGUCGAGGCGGCCGGGAGCGACACCAAGGUCACGUACGUCGUCAAGGUCGCGCUCAACGGCUCGAUGCCAUCUGCCAUCGUAAACAAGGUCGCGACAGAGACGCCCAUGUGCGUCGGUACCGCGCGCGACACGUUCUACAAGCACGGCUUUGCUCCCUUCAUUCGCCGGUCGUCGCUCUCGGCCAAGGACCUCGUCGUGCAGAACCAGCGCAAUGUCGACGACGUGUACCGCCUCACGCUCUCGACCCGCACGGUCGGCGCCGAGGUCGAGGUCGUCUUUGACCGCGAGAAGCUGCACAAGGGAGGCGUGAACGUCUCGGUCGAGGGUGAGGGUGUCGAGACGAGUGUUGACGAGGCGGCAGGCGUCAUCAAGGUCCGUGCGACGCAGGAGAACAAGGAGAUGGUUGUCGUCGUUCGGGCCAAGUGAGGGAACCCGGCUCAGCCUUGUAACUGAGAGCGACGUAUCGAGCAAGCUG